CGAGAGCAGGCUGUCGGAGCGGUGGAUAGGUAUAUCACACAGUUUGUCCUGCCCAACUUCAGAACUUGAAAUCCCGCACCGUGGGUUCUUUGACCGGCAAAAUCAUUCCUCCGGACCGUUUCUGAGAGCAGGCUCCAUCUACCCCGUGGGCGCCUUGGAUAUCCUGGUCAAAGAAGUACACCUUCUGCCACAACGAUCUUGCCCAGCAUAAUAUAUAUGUGGAUGAGAAUUUUGAUGUGGUGGGGAUCAUUGACUGGGGCUCUCUGGCUUCUACACCAAGGACUUUGAAGCACCAUUCUGGACGAAAUUCUACGAA